AUGAGUGCACCCAGGCGUGGGGUCUACUGGCAGGCGGAGGAGGUCACCAUCCUCCUCCGCACAAUCAGGGACUGCGGCCACGCCUGGCUCCUCAUGGCCAGCACGGGACUGCCCAAUCGACGGGCGUUCCGCGCGGUGGCGAGGGCACUCCAGGUUGCAGGCUUCCACCGCACAGAGGUGCAGGCCUGCACCAAGUGGAAGGCCCUCAAGAGGGAUUUCUUCGCUGCCAUGGAGAGAAGUGGAGGGCACCCUCGCCGCUCUGACUGGCCCCCACAUUUUGCCGCCAUGCGCCAGCUGUGGCGGCUGGCUGGGGAGCCCCGUUGGGUGGACCGUCGGCCUGAAGGCGCGGCUGCUCGUCGCCGCGCCCUCGCGCCGCCAAGGGAGCCCCUGGACGAGGCGGCUGAGGGUCCUGGAGGGGACUCGUCCGAUGCAAGCUCCGUCGCGCCGGCAGAGCGGGCAGGUGGGCCUGCGCAGCCACUGCACAGCUCCUCCACUUCCUCCAUGGAGGCUGCAGCAGGGCACCCUCCAGCCCAUGGCAUGCCCACCCAGGAUGCUGGAUCAUCUGGACUGGCAACUGUGCCACAGCUGCCAUCUCAUCCACAGUGCCACUGCAACCGAAUGUGGGCUCGCAUGGAGCGGCGGCUGUUCACCAUGGAGCGGCGAUUGUCUGCACUUGAGCGGCGGCACGGGGCAGAAGGACAUCCCCAGCAAACUACCAUGGAGCCACCACUCAUCCUCAGCUCUGGCACCGCCAGUGCCACCCAGCACCCUGGCACCUCCUCAGCCAGCUCCAGUUCCCCCCGCUUGAUGUUAGACCUGGAGGCAGCCAGCACCUUGGCUGCCAGUCCACCCUCAUCAGCGCCAGGUGCCCUUCCAGAAGCACCUGAGUGGGGUGGCCCUGCCCCACACCUUGCAGGUCUGCCCUCCAGCUCAGAGGACACACCCUGACAGCUGGCCUGCGGCAACUGUG